GAAUGUAGCAUUACCUCGGCGAAUUUAGGGUUGGAGUUUCUGAGUUUGGUCUGCAAUGGUAACAAAGUUCAGCUUUUCCAGCAGUGAACUGCAAUAAUAGUUAGCUAGCUAUGUAUAUUCGUAAUAUUUUUCGAGCACAGUUGGUCGGAGCCAGAGUCCUCCUGUUUAACCCUGUGCAGCGCGUUUAUGGAGCCCAGGUAGCUGCCCUAAAACCAAUCUGCUUCUUUACUAUCAUAAACAUUUUCAUUUCGCUUAAUGUUGCUGAGCUUUUGCACAACAAAAACUCUGGUAGUUCUGUCGGUGGCUGUGGGAAACCUUCAGUAUCCCACCCCCAAGAGAGAUCACUCUGCACCAAAAGCGAUGAGGUGAAGCUGGCAGAGGAGGCUAGCAGAAAGUAUGGCUCUCCAGGUCCAACCAUCUUCUCCAAAGUGAUUGAUAAAAGCAUCCCUGCAGAUAUUAUUUAUGAAGAUGACAAGUGUUUGGCAUUCAGGGACAUCAACCCACAGGCCCCUGUUCACUUCUUGGUCAUUCCAAGGGCCCCUAUUCCUGGAAUAAGUGCAGCCGAAGAUGAUGAUGCAGAGCUCUUGGGACAUUUGUUGGUUGUUGCUAAAAAUGUGGCGAAGCAGGAACCUCUUAGCGAAGGCUACAGAGUGGUGAUCAAUAAUGGAAAACACGGAUCUCAGUCAGUGUACCACCUUCAUAUCCAUGUUCUGGGAGGAAGACAGAUGGCCUGGCCACCAGGAUAAAGAGGAUCACACAACCGUGAAAAUGUCUGCAGCCAUUCUUUCAAGACACCAUGUUUUCCUCAAUUUGAUUAAUUAAUUGUAGCCUGUAGUUUAGUAGGAUUUAUUUUAGGUCUUUCAAGUGUGUGUGUGUUUUUUUUUUUUAACUUUGGUUGUCUUUAAUAACACAGAUUUAAUCAGGCAGGACAGAUUCUACACUAUAUGUUGAAAUAUCCCACCUUUUUAGCUAUAAGCACUUUGGAAAUCGUGUCGUUGGGGCAAAAGUAGCUUUUAAUGACUGUGACAACAGAUUUUUUUGUUAAUCUAAAUAAAGUCACUGAAAAAACAGGAAAAAACCCAAUUUGUCUUACAACAGACUACUUGUAAUUAAGCAGCUAAAAACUGUAAAUGAAUGAUAUUGAAAUAUCAAAUGAAGGCCUUCAGUAGUAGGAUACCUGCUGUCUUAUUUCUACAUCUUAAGCCUGAUUUCAGAACUUGUAUAAGCACGAAAUGACAUCUAUCUGUUCUGAAGUCUUUGUGUUGUGAUGUGUACAAAAAUGCUUUAUUACGUCAAAUGCGAAUAUGUUGAUCUUUGCAAAUGUAAAAAUGAACAGAUUUAAAUAAAGAAUUGUAAUUGUAUUUUGAUUUGACACAAGUAUUAAACUGCAUA